AUGCAGGAACCCCAACGACUCUAUCCUUCCCUAAGCAGUCUUCAGGGUCAUCUUGGUGGAUCGAUUGGACAAGCAUCGUCCGGACGCUACUCACCGUCGUCCGCCUACAGAAGCAGAAUGCAGCCGUUCAACAACUCAUUAUUCGGUUCAUUUGAUGAUCCGCUGUUCCAAGCUCGAGCUGCUCAAGUGGCGUUGGCUGACAUGGACAUGAAGGUGAACAUCACUAACCCACUCAUGCGACCUCACGACAUGUUCAGAUUGAGAAUAUUUAGUAACUACUUGAUGACAUCCACUCAAGACGCAACAAACAUCUAUCACGGACUUCCAGCAGCUUCUGAGGGAUUCGACGCAUCUAUGCUGGUCCCAACGUCAUCGGAUCAAGAACAAAUGACACCUCUACAGCAGGUGAUGGCUAUGCAAAACUAUAGCGCUUCGUCACAUUUUCACCAGUACCCGAUGGCGUCAUCUUUUCCGUCUGCGAUUCCACCACAAGUUGCUCGUUAUCCACUAGCAGCUCCGACUACAGAGAUCGACACCGAUCCACGAGAAUUGGAGCGAUUUGCUGAACAUUUUAAGCAGCGACGAAUCAAAUUGGGUGUUACACAGGCGGACGUCGGAAAAGCGCUGGCGCAUUUGAAAAUGCCCGGCGUGGGCUCUCUGUCCCAAUCGACGAUUUGUCGCUUCGAAUCCUUAACUCUUUCCCAUAACAACAUGGUAGCGUUGAAGCCGAUACUGCAUAGUUGGCUUGAAAAGGCUGAAGAGGCUGUGAAGCAAAAGGACGGUUGUGGUGACAUUUCGGGAAUCCUGCCAAAUACGGACAAAAAACGAAAACGAACGAGCAUCGCAGCCCCAGAAAAACGUCUUCUGGAAGAUUACUUUAGACAACAGCCUCGGCCAUCUGGUGAGCGAAUCGCAGCCAUAGCCGACAAAUUGGAUCUGAAGAAAAAUGUCGUUCGUGUGUGGUUCUGCAAUCAACGACAAAAACAGAAAAGGUCCCAAUUCCGCUGUCGCAACGGGGCACCACAGGCGCCCCGUCUCAUGCAGGCCGCUGCCGGUGGCGCCAAGUGCCCGCCGUCGUUCACUGCGUUGCCCAGCUACUUCGACCAGAAUCAGCACACUGGGACCACGUUGUCACAGGAACUGAAGUUUCAAUAA